AUGAACUGCCCGCAGUGGCCCCCGGACAGCCCGGCGGGCGGCGGCUACGCCAUCGAGGGGCUCCCGCCGCUGCCCAAGGGCCUGAGCGGCAUCCUCAACUCCAGCGGCGGCUCCUGGCGCGAGAUCGAGCGCGUGCACAGCACCAAGGCGCGCAUCCAGGACGACCUGAGCAAGGCGCAGGCCGCCGCCGCCGCCGAGAAGCGGCCGCCGCGGAGCAGGCCGGCCAACCUGGACGCGGCGCUGGCCACGCUGCGCAAGGAGAUGGUGGGGCUGCGUCAGCUGGACAUGUCCCUCUUGUGCCAGCUCUGGUCCCUGUACGAGUCCAUCCAAGAGUACAAAGGCCUCUUUCAGGACAUGUCGUCCUCGCUGCACUCGGAAGGCAGCCCGGCUGCCGAGAACGGCUUCUCAGACGAGGAGGAGGACUUCGAGGUGGACCAGGCGAGCCCCGAGGGGCGCAAGGAGCCCCCCCUGGGCCAGCAGCUCGGCCUGCUGCAGCCGCAGAACUCCCGGGACCAGUGGCUGCAGGAUUCCUUCCACAUCACCAUCUGAGCCUCUCCGGCCGCGCCGUUGCCUUCCUCUUCCCCGCGGCGUCGGGGGGAACUCCGCCUGCACCUUUGCGAGGGUUGCACUUGCUUUCGGGGAGCGCGUUUGCGGGGGGAAUUGAGGUGCCUUCCCAGCAGAGUCGACGGCUCAUUUCACAAUGCUGGAAUGACCCCUGGGAUCCCUGGUCGCUGUAGCCGCAGACAACCCUGGUCGUCCUUCCUGGGGGCAGGCAAACUCUGGGGGCUGUCUGCAAGCAAAGACUCUCUUCUGGUCCCACCACAAUAUGGCUGCUUGGGUUGUCCACACGGGCCGCGAAGGAGAAGCUGCGCAAUGAGAGCCCUGCGUGAAAAACUCGGGCGGUAGUGUGCAAGCGCACAGUCCACGCUGCAGAACCCCAGCCGGCUUCAGGAAAACAAAACCCAUGCUAAAAAACGGCAGGAAGGCAGCUCGGAGGUGCCUGGGUCCCCCCCGCCUGCCCUUCGUGUAGGAGUCGUAUCGGGGCAUUUCGGGAGGAGGGCGAUCCUGGAUUCUGUCCAGAAAACACGGAAUUUCGCAGGAGGCGCGCAUGAUACACCUAGAACCCGCCUUGCUUUCCCACCGCCUCUUCUGCUCCCUCCCGCCUUUUAAACUACAAAAUAGCUGCUCCACAGCACAGGCAGAGCGGGGUGCGGAAUAGCCGCCCAGCGCAAUGGCUCGCUGUAGGAGGCACCCGCCCCGUGGAUGCUGCCGAAAAGGCAGGCUUAAAACUCUGGCAGGUGGGCCAGGUGAGCAGUGCGGGGGGGAAGGGGGUCGCUGCAGAGGCGCUUCGUAAUCGAGGGCAAGCUGGCCACUCGACCUCUGAUGCUUUUGCCACCUCCCUGCUUUAGUCGCCUCCAUUCUCGCUCGGACUUGCCCCCCCUUCUCGGAAGAAGAAGCGGGUCUGAUCUUCCCUGGAGUCGUGCUAGCGUGUGAAGCAGGCAGGCAGUCGCAGGUUCACGUGUCUCCGUUUCUGGUCGCUAGAGACGCCUGCUGAGACUCGGGGAGGCUGAUGCCCGUCUCUGCGGACUGGGGGUGCACACCCUUUCGGGCUCUGCCAGGGGCACACAGCGCCCUCCUCUCCCGGUAGAAACAGCCCCUGCCCCUUGGCACGGCAUCGAAGCGCUGAAGCCCCCAUGCCGGACUCCCCCACCCAGUCUGCCCCUCCCCGGAAGGAAAACCAGUCUCAGAAUGUGGGUCUUGGUUCUUGCUGUCGAUACCUCAUUCCUAGCAUAGUCCCUGGGAGUCUUCAAGCAAGCCGAGAACUAGAGACCCUGUUUCUUGAGGGCGCAAGGUGGAUCUGCAGAGGGCUUGGGCUUCAACUGCCAGGGUUCCUGACCUUUGGCGUGCUGGCAGAGGCUUCUGGGAAAUGAAGUCCAAACCAUCUGGAGCGCUACCCUUGUAGUUCUCCAUCUGAGUAUUAGACAGAUUCCCAGAGGUUGUUUUAGGCUGAUGGGGGCCGGAGCUGCCAGGCGCCUCAUUUGGCGCCCCCAAUUUCUGGGGCUUCCUCUACCCCCCUGUUCUGCCCUGCAGGGGCCACGGGGGCCGGGAAGAUCUGCACCCGCCAGAUGAGCCAGCUGCUUGAACAUGUCUGCUUGAGCCAUUCUUCUGAAGUCAAACACUGCCUUCUGUCCACGAGUCUGCUCUUCCAUGUAGGUAGACAUGAUCCUUAAAAAUAGGCAGACGUGCACGGAGAGUUUAGAGCGUGUCCACUUUAACGUCUGGCAAAUAAGUGUGUUUCCUUUUGGCCCAUGUGCUGGAGCCCGACACCUUUUCCGUCGCUUGCACAGUCCCUGCAGCAUCCUCGGCCUCCGUUCCCCUCCUUGCCCUCCAUCUCACGCUGGAAGCAUCCAGGGAUGGUGUAGCCGGAAGAGGCUUCCCCUGCACGCGAAGCCGCUUGCUCGCUAGACUGUUCUAGGCAGAGGUGCCUUGGCUGGAUUUCUUAGCAGUGCCUCAGCCAUACAACCCACAAAGAGCCUCUUUAACGUAGUUCGUUGCGUAUGAUCCUUUCAUUUUGGAAGCACUGAAAUGCAGGGGUUUUGUUUUCCUGGGGUGGGUGCGUGUGGAAAUUCCUGCUUUUCGUUCUCUCCUUUUGGUAACUAGACAGCUAAUUAAUAUAUUGUUGGCAGGAGUGGGGCAUUUUGCAACUGGGUCCUCUGUAACAGCUGCACAAAUUCUGAGAAUAAACGU